CCUCGCACCCACGGCGCCCUCCCGCGCAACAUCAUGUCCACCAUCCCCAAGUGGUUCAAAGGGGCGCCCUUUGGGGUGCAGAGCCACAGGUUUGAUGUCUCCGCUGUCUAUCCCAACCAGAAGAAAUUCAGCACCUUCACAGAGGCCCCAUACUCCAGACACCAUUCCGUGGAACUGUCCCACAUAGGACCUGGGACCUAUAACUCCAAGGAUACCUGCUUCAGCAAGAAGUUCCUGGAACAGAAGAAGUUGGGCUCAGGAUGGUCCCGGGCCCACGAAGCCACUCGGUUGACCCAGCUACCCCACUUCCAGUACCAGGCCAUCAAGAAGGAAAGAGAGCAGCAGGCGCACAAGCGGGGCCCUGGCUCCUACAACAUCAAAGACUUCAUAACUGAGCUGCAGAAGAAACCACAGAGCAAGCGGGGGCUGCUCAGCUCUGGGGAGACACGCUUCCGAGGGUUUAUUGGGAAUUAUUAUCCCGGCCCUGGCAAUUAUGGGGAGAAGGGGAACCCAUACACACAGCUGGAGGAGAAGGCCUGGAACCGCUCACAUUCCGAAGGCCUGAUGUGUAGAGUGUCUAACAAGCCACCGCCCUUGUUUCAUCAGGGCAGUGGCCUGGGACCGGGUACCUACACCAUCAAAAGCGACCUUGAGACCUUUGUGAAAAAGUCCACUGGUGCUCGUGGCCCCUAUGACAUUUUCUCUGGUGAACGGAGCAGUCCUUUGCCCUAUGGACAUUACUCUGUGCAGAAAAAGAAGCCCAAGGAACUGACAGAUUACAAGAGCUUUCUGGACGAACUGAACUCACAACACAAGAAGAAACAAGGGGUUUUCUCGAAAUAUCCCCGGGAUCCAAAACACCCCACAGAGAGAAUUUUCUGGACAACCCUUAGUCAGUGCCCCAAAAAUAUGGAUAUAGCUGGCCCUGGUUCUUGGCUUCCUCAUGAGACGGAACAGAAACAUGUCAACCGGCCACCGUUCCUCCUGGCCUCCAAACGGUCCGGCCUAAAGGCCUACCAGAUGAUUUUGGGAACCUGGAACAGGAUAGUCCUAGAAUUUGUGAACACUUUGUUGUUAGAAGCCCUGUCUCGAAAAAACAUAUAUAUAUAUAUAUAUAUACAAUGGCCUAAGAAAUACUCGGAGCAUUUGACAAAAGAUUCUGUCUCCAAGAAACGGAUCACGCCUAUUACGAAGGGCAAGUGCCCUCCAACUGUGGACUACAAUUCAGAUCCUACUCCUUAAAGCCACUUGGGAAGAACAGCCUGAUGCAACCAGAGAGCCCAAGGCCAGAAGAGAAGUCUUGGGGUGGGAAAGGAAGCAGGGGUCUUGGAGAAUGCCUGGUGGUUGGGGAAGCCAGUUGUCCCCGGAGAAGAGGAUGAGGAGACCUGACACACUCAGC